UUGCUUUCAUAGUAUUAUUUACAGUUCAGUUUUAGUGAUCCUAAUAUUGAUAAUAUUGCUCCCUUCCUUGUGCACUCACAACAUUUAUGCCAUUUUGAACACAGCCGUGGCUCAUGACGAAAGCUAUAGAUGAAUUGUACUUCCAGUAGAAUAAAGUACAAUGUUGCAAAGCUCAAAUCACAUCAAACUGCUUUCUUGAACAAGACAGUAUCUAUGUAUCCAUCUACUGAUGUGAAUUAGACGCAUGUUCAAAACUGGAAUGUGUAUAUAUAGAUACCGUUUCUAUAUGAUCAAAAAUUCUAUUUAACAAAAUGGUCAAACCCAGAAGUCAGUUCAACCCAGUACUAGCAAGGUCUACCUAAUAACUAGGCCAGGAUUGAUUUCUGCAAUGAUUCAAAAGCCAUGUUGUGUUUUUUUGUGCUUUAUUAGGGGGUGAUAAGAUAAUAAUUUUGAUUUUAAUUAUUUGACAGAAUGUCUUCAUCAUGGAGCUGUGGAUGUGGUGUCCAACAUCUGCUAUGGCAAACAGAGGUGUUUGUUUACUGUGGAUCAGAAACAUUUCAAAGACCCCUGCCCUCCUGGAACAAAAAAGUAUAUCACCAUCCUCUAUGCAUGCGUUCCACAAAGUUUACUCAAGGAGGCUGAUCCCAGCAGUUUCCUGACUACCUCAAUGCCUAGCCAAAGCACCAAAGAAGCAGAACGUCCAGUUAUCAGAAGCUCAAAGUUUCCAGAGGGCGGGAUUAUUUUAAGCAAUGCUUUAAUGGGAUUUGGCUACAUCACAGAGCAUCCAGAGAUGGCAGGACUACUCUUCACAUCAAGUGUUUGCGUGGGCCUUCUGAUAGUUCUAAUAGCCGUUUCAACACAACUGACAUGCAGUAGACAUCUAAAUACACCUAGAGCAUUCAGAAAGAAGAGUAGAACUAACCUGGAAGAGGAAGAGCCAAUGAACCAGGACAACAGUGAGGAGGAGGAUGAUGAAGAUGAUAAAGGGUCACUGAUGGACAGCUCUAACCUGUCAGAGAUCGGCAGGAAGGUGUACUGCUGGGAAGACGUGACGUACACCACAGAGGCAGCUGAUCUGAUGGAGAGGAUUGAGCGGCGAGAGCUAGUGAUUCAGGAGAUCAGGAUGAACGCAUACCUCAAUGGAAACACAUGCAUCCUGCACUCAAACAUGCCAACUGUUACACAAAACGUACAAUUGCUGUAAUUUCAACCAAACUGAGUGAAAUUUUGGGAAUGUUUUAUGUUACCAAAACACUAAAUUAAAGGUGAUGUGUGAAACUUCAAGCAGAACAAAACAAAUAGGUCUUCAAACAGGUUUCCUAAUUAACAUUAGUGCUGGUUCCAGAAAUAUUUCUCCCAUAGGAUUUUUAAAAUAGUUUUUAUUUAUUUGUUAAAGUGUAAUAAUAAGAAAUUAACCAAACUAACCAGCUAUGAAGCAAAGAAAAAUAAGUGUAUGAAAAUCAGACAAAAAGAUGAAGGAAUGUUUACUUGAUGACUUUAAUGAGGGAAAAGCCUAAAUUUUAUGAAGCAUUGUGAAUUACACAGUUGAUCUGAAAGCAACAAAGAAACACAAAACUUUUUAAAGUAGUUUUAUCUUUAGAAUGCAUCUCUCAAUUUAAAUUUAAAUAAUGUUCUGGAAUUUAUUGUUAAUCUAGUUAUGCACAAAUUCCAUUAUGAUGCACAAUUGUUUUAAAAAUAAGUUGAAUUAACGUGAAAAGAUGCAUUUAGCAAUCACAUGUAUGACCUCAAAGGACCUCUGUGCUCAUGACAGGUCUGUCUUUAAAGGGAUAGCUCAUCCAAAAAAUGAAAACAAACUUAUUUAUUGUUGUGGGUUUAAACCUUGGGUUUCUUUCUUCUGUUGAACACUAAAGAAGAUAUUUUGAAAAAUGUUGGUAGCUGGCACCCAUUGACUUCCAAAGUAGGAAACAAAUUAAGAGAAACCAGCAUGUUUAUUUGUGUUUACAGAAAAAAAGAAACUAAAAUAAGGUUGAACAAGUGAAGGGUGAGUAAAUAAUGACAGGAUUUUCGUUUUUGAGUGAACUACCCCUUUAAAAACGUUAGCAGUUAUUUUUAAAUGUAAGUUUCCAAAUGGAAAAAAAUAAUGGAGUUUAAUUUCUGGAACCAGACCAUUGCACUUAUGUUGCUUAUGUCAAGUAGUUCAAAUACACUAGUCAGCUUAUAUACCAAUUUUAAGCCAUGAAAUAAGUAUUCUAACUUAAACUGCACAUAUCACCUUUAAAGACUCUGUCAGAUGCCUUACUUUAAAAUUUAAUAUGACAAUGCUAUUGUUAACUGAUGUUAUUUUAUGUCUGAAUUAAGAAAGUUAGUGACUUAAAUCAUCCUAUUAAGCUAAUAUAUUGCUGUUGUGUUACACUGUACAAGCCAUGUAAACAGAACAGUAAUUCAUAAAUUAUUUAUUUUAUUAAACAAUGAAUGAAUAAAAAAGCCUAAGUUUUUAAAAAGAUGGUAAAAUAUUUUAAUUAAAAAUGAAUUAUAUUUAAAUGUCAUAAACUCAUAAAAUAAAACAAUGUUUCUCUAAUACAUAACUUCACCCUCAACUUUCCUCUCUUUCCAGUGAAACCAUAACUCUCAAUACUUUAAGCUUUUUUUGCCUUGAGGAUACACAAAUGUUCUGUGACUC